AUUUCUUUUCCCUAACCUUCUCCAAAUCUUUGAUUUAUCUCUCAAGCUCUAAUUAAGUUACCAAACACACUCAUAUUUCAUUAGAAAAUGGCACAGUUCAUGAAGCUACUCGUGACAAUUGCAUUAACAUUCGCAUUUACAACCGCGAUCAUCACCACAAUAACUACCAGAACCAACCCCACGACCGGAAGAUUUGCUCCCAAAGAUCCUUUCAAGGACCUUACACCCUCAGAAGGGGUUAAGAUCAGACCGAGUCGGUUCCUGGCUCAAAAAGACGUCGAGCGUCAAGAACUUAAACCCCGUAACCGAAAUGCAGCUGAUCGUUGCAACAAAGAUUCAGAUACCUGCAGUAUCACCGGAGCAAACUCUACAAUGGCUUGUUGCAGCAAUAAGUGUGUCGAUUUAUCAACCGACAAGAAAAACUGCGGUGCGUGUAACAAAAAAUGCAAGUUCACGGCAACAUGUUGUGGCGGUCAGUGCGUUAACUUGGCUUACGAUAAACGCCACUGCGGUGAGUGUUUCCAUCGUUGUCAACGAGGCGUGUACUGCGUCUACGGUCUUUGUAACUACGCGUGAUGCUUCAAUUAUUCAUUCACGUCAUGCCGCCAACGUUUCUCAUCAUAGCUAUACAAAAAAUGUCAUUUUCUACUUUGUUUCUUACACGU